ACACCCAGUUAAGUAGACCGGAACUGACAUUUUUUCCCCCAAUGGUAAAUUGCCUGAGUGAACUGUCUUCAUUUAUCCACCAUCUUUGGUAGCUGCUCCACGUCUCACUGCCGGUGAAUCCGAACUGGAAGAUGGCUGCGGUGGAACGUCCCCCAGUCAAGGAAGGGGUCCGGAUAGCUUUACUCUGUUUCUGUUGGUACACUGUUAGUUCGGGAGGUAACGUCGUUAACAAAAUUAUUCUAAAUGGAUUCCCUUAUCCUGUCACAGUUUCGCUCUUUCAUAUACUCUCAAUCGUCGUCUUCCUUCCUACGUUGUUGAAGGCAUGGGGAGUCCCAAAAACAGAAGUACCAACUAUAUACUACAAAUGGUAUAUUCUCCCUUUAGCUUUUGGGAAAUACUUCGCUUCUGUGUCGGCCCACUUCAGUAUAUGGAAGGUACCAGUUUCCUACGCACACACUGUCAAAGCCACAAUGCCUAUAUGGGUUGUGUUGUUAUCAAGGAUUAUCAUGAAGGAGAAGCAAACCACAAAAGUGUACGUAUCUCUCAUCCCCAUCAUCGGAGGAGUGCUUCUGGCCACAAUGACAGAGCUGUCCUUUGAUGUAUCUGGGUUAGUCAGUGCCCUGGCCGCCACACUCUGCUUCUCUCUGCAAAACAUAUUUUCCAAAAAGGUGCUGCGGGACACGAGGAUCCACCACCUGAGACUUCUCAACAUACUGGGCUUCAAUGCUGUUUUCUUCAUGGUGCCUACGUGGGUUCUGGUGGACCUCUCCUCAUUCUUGGUUGAGGGGGAUUUUACAGGCAUGUCUGAAUGGACCGGCACCUUCCUUUUACUCCUCGUCAGCGGCUUUUGUAACUUUGCUCAGAACGUCAUCGCCUUCAGCGUCCUCAACUUGGUCAGCCCGCUGAGCUACGCUGUGGCAAACGCCACCAAGAGGAUCAUGGUCAUCAGCAUAUCGCUCCUGAUGCUGCGUAACCCGGUCAGCUCCACCAACAUCAUGGGCAUGAUGACGGCCAUUGUGGGCGUCUUCCUGUACAACAAGGCGAAAUAUGACGCCAAUAAGGAAGCUAAGAAGAAGCUGCUGCCUUCCUCCAAGCAGGACACAAUGUCCUUUGACAAUUUGGGACUGGACAAGACGCAGCCCAAUGGUUCAGUGCCUUUCUCCCAAGGCUCAGACAUUCAGUAUGGUCGAAGCAACGUGCUGACCGACCACUUCCAGUACAGCCGGCAGGCCUACACGAUGAACUACGGCGCCUCCAACCACCAGUAUGUGGUUUAGGCUGGUGGAUGCAUACAUGGACAUGCUGUAUAAAGAAAGGAAGGCAAGUGCUGUCGUAUUGGUGGGAGAGGAAAGUAUCAAUCGUGAGUUGGCCAGCGUUUUGUCCCAAAAAUGUUCUCCUAACAUAUUUUCUUCACCUCUGCGUGUUUUUAUUUGUUUUGAUAUGAACGCUUAAAGAUAGUUCAGUCCAAAUCAAAGUUUUUCAGAUGUUUUCAAACCUUAAAAGUAAUCUGACAUCGAGAUAAGCCCACAUCAACUCUUGUAGAUCAAGCUGUUAUGUCUCAAUCAUGAGUGAAUGAGAGAUUGGCACCAUCUAAUUUCAUAAUGUUUUGUGGUGUCAAUAUUUCCAGCUAAUUUGGGAUUGAGGGAUACCAUUGGAUCUACACAACAUGGCUUGGAACAUGGACUCAUCUGACAAAUGUUGAUUUUGGAGGGAAGUUAAAGAUCCAGUACAGGAUCUGAAGCACAUAUUAUACGAAUUGAAAACGUUUUGUUUUUUUUGCAGGAUGUAACAUCAUACGAAAUAGGUGACGUAGUGCACAAUUUACGAGGACACAUUUUGGCUCGUGAUCACUACUUUCAAAACGCCUGUCUGAAAUUUGCUUGCUGAGGAACGGAUGUUGCUGUAUUCUUUUUACUGUGGAAGCUUGCUAAUGUGGUAAUAAUUGUUACUGUAGCCACAAUGGCAUAGGUCCAAAUAAAUUGAACAGAACUUUUACUCUAUAUCAAAGAACAUGAAAUGUUUGGAUAAAUUACCAUGACUGUAAUGCUUUGAAUCAGGCUUGCACUCAGUUAUAUUGACCCCAAUUUUAUCAGAGAAGACCUGAUCAUUUUAUACUGUUUUGUGUUUUUGCAGAGAUUGGCAACAUUUUGGUCCUAUACAUGUAAAAAUAUUUGCCCAGAAGACAUUGUCUUGUUGGUCUUUAACUAGUGAUGGAGGCAUGAAAAUGUAUGUAAACGAUCGUAGUUACAGAUAAAUUGAGAAUCUUUCAUUCUGUGGUUCCAAAUUUACAUUUGAGUUAUUUAAUCAAUUCAUAUCUGAUCUGGUAAAAGCUUUGUAAUAUGGGGUUACAUGGGUCAAGUAUCUGAGAUGCACCUAGUUUUAUGUGGCAGACCUACUUGGAUCAGGUAUAAAAGUCAGUAGACUCCACAUGCUUUUGCUGGUUUGUCAUUCUUCUUCCCAAUAUUCACACUUAAAAUUGUCUGAGAUUGAGGAAUAGUAAUUUAGCCUACAGGGAACGAGCUGUUUUUCAAAGCCGAUGUGGAGCACCUAAACUAGUUAAGGUUUGCACAUUGUAAAAAAAAGAAAGAUGUGACA